GAGAGAAAGAGAGGAAGAGGCUAUGCUAUAUUGUUUGUAACGUUCGAAACGAUUCGCAGUUCUUUUUUCAUUUUAUUUAUUUGCUUCGUCAAAUUCGGCGCAAGUGUCAAAUUUUAGCUUCGGACUCUACAAUCAAUGAGCAAAACUAAUACGGUUGGUUGGCUUUUUCGAAGACUUUUGAUGGAGGUGGUAGCUUGCUGUCGCGAAUACUGCCACGCACAACAUUGAAUCGUAAGAUUUAAAAAACUGAGUUCAAUCGUCCUCAACCUCGACAAUUAGCAGAUAGAAUUUAAUAUUAUAGCAAAUUAUUGAAUAUUUUAAAAAGUAUUUUGUUCGUACAUCGCUAGUAAAAUAGAGUUAAUCAGAGAUUGUGCUUAUCAUUCACAGGCCUCUCGCUGCUUCGGCAUCAGAAAAAUAAUUUUCAAAUUCAUUGCAGUAGUUUAAAAUAUUAAGUUGCUAAUCAUGACUGUAAGAAAGCCAGAGCCGGCAGAGAUCUCUUUCAGAGGUUUCAGGUUUCUUAUCACUGAUCGACCAACAGACAUUUUCAUGGAUAAAUACAUUGAUGAGCUAAAGAAGCACAAUGCUACAGAGGUCAUCAGAGUCUGUGAUCCAACCUACGACACAACAAAACUCAUCAACUCUGGCAUAUCUGUCACUGACCUCCCAUUUGAUGAUGGCACUGGUCCUCCCAAUGAAAUAGUUGACAAAUUUUUUGAGAUUGUCAAGAACAAAUUCAAGGAUGAUCCAGAGUCCUGUGUGGCCGUGCACUGCGUCGCCGGACUGGGCAGAGCGCCUGUAAUGGUUGCCAUUGCAUUGGUUGAGUUGGGAAUGAAGUAUGAAGAUGCUGUUGAGAUGAUCAGAAAGAAACGUCGAGGUGCGAUAAAUGCCAAACAACUCUGCUUCCUCGAAAAGUACAAACCGAAGCACAAGCUAAAGAAGGGCAAGAUGAACAACAAAGCCUGUUUGAUCAUGUGA